UUUUUAAAGGCAUUUGAUCAUAUACUUUGGAUGGAAACUGCAAAGGCUGAUGAUGUCAAAAAAUCUUCAAAAAGAAAGGCAGCCCCAACUAAAGAGAUUGAUUGGGUGGAACCAUCUUUUAUUGAUUUUUGUGAGACUGCCAAACUAUCAUCUAGUAUUCUCCAUAAAAAAUCGCUCACAGAUAUUGACAAUUAUCACGAGAGCAAAGAGCAUUUUCCUCUGCUUGAAAAUUACAAGUGUGGUAGAAAAAUAAGAAAACCACUUUCUGUAGAUGAGAAAUAUAAACUCUUCAAACAAAAUCACAUCCAAAUUGAACCAUGGGUAGAUAAAUACAAACCAAAAACUCAGAGUGACCUUGUCAUACACAAGAAAAAAAUUGAAGAAGUUGAAAGAUGGUUAAAAGGUCACAUAUUUCAAAAUCAGCCAAGACAGGGAGGCUCCAUCCUAGUAUUAACUGGCCCUCCAGGAUGUGGAAAAUCUGCUACUGUGGAAAUAUUAGCCAAGGACCUUGGCAUUCAGAUACAAGAAUGGAUAAAUCCUGUAGCACUAGACUUCAAAAAAUAUGACGACUUUCAAGUUGCUUUCAAUCAUGAAUCAGAUUUUCAGAUACUUCCUUAUCAGAGCCAGGCAGCUAUCUUUCAAGAAUUUCUCCUAAGAGCAAACAAGUAUAUCAAGCUUCAGAUGGUUGGAGAGGCCAUGGACACUGACAAAAGACUCAUUCUUGUGGAAGAUAUGCCAAACCAUUUUUAUCAUGACCCUAACAGUUUACAUGACAUUCUGAGGAGUUUUUUGCGGACAAGCAGAUGUCCUCUUGUAUUUAUAAUAUCGGAUGUUUUCAGCAGAGGGAGCAGCCAAAGGUCUCUAUUCCCAAAGGCAAUUCAGGAAGAGCUGUGUAUAGCAACCAUUAGUUUUAACCCAGUAGCACCAACACUGAUGAUGAAAGCCCUAAAUCGAAUAAUCACAGGGGAGAUCAAUAUGAGAAGAGAUAAAAUUGAUGUCCCUGACAAAGCCUUAUUAGAAGUGAUUUGCAGUGGAUGUUCAGGUGACAUUAGAAGUGCAAUAAACACCCUUCAAUUUUCUUCUCUAAAAGGGAAGCCAUCAGACAAGAGCUUAUGGUCACAAAGAAAGAAAAAUUAUGUUUUAAAAUGUGAUACAUCAUCUAAAAUAAAGAAGAAAAAACUAUUCAAUAAUUUUUUAGAAGACCAACAAAUACCAGCUAUUGGUAGCAAGGAUGCUUCCAUCUUCCUUUUCCAUGCUUUGGGGAAAAUACUUUACUGCAAAAGAGAACCAGCUACAGAGGUGGACUUUCCUCAGUUACCUCAACAUUUAUCAGAAUAUGAACGACAGCCCUUGCUUGUUCAACCUGAGGAUGUCAUAGAAAAAUCACAUAUGCCUGGGGACUUAUUUAAUGUAUACCUUCACCAGAAUUAUUUGGAGUUCUUCUCUGAUAUUGAUGAUAUUGUAAGAGCCAGUGAAUAUUUAAGUACUGCAGAUUUUCUUUGCAGUAACUGGGAUGCACGAGCUACAUUUCAAAAGUACAGUGCCUCUGUAGCCACAAGAGGUGUGAUGCACUCAAACCGAGCCAGAGCUCUUGCACAAUGCAAAGGAGGAAUGGGCUUUAGACCUUUUCAUAAACCGCAAUGGAUCCUAAUUAAUAGAAAGUAUCAAGAAAACUGCUUUGCUGCAAAAUCCCUCUUUUCAAGUUUCUGUUUAGCACCAUUGUGUCUUCAGACUGAGCUGAUACCUUAUCUUACCAUGCUGACUAAUCCAAUGAGAAACCAAGCUCAGAUUACCUUUAUUCAGGAUGUUGGGAAACUUCCUUUAAGAAAUCACUUUGGAAGGUUGAAACUUGAAACUCUUACAGAUAAGGAUUCUGCAAUACAAAUCCUGGACAAUGAUGAUGAAGAGGAGUUUUCCGAGAAACAACCUACAAUUCUGCAUACCCAGGGGGAGAAAAUAAAAAACAGUGAGGAAAAUGAACUGGAUGAAUUCCUCCCUACUUCCAGUCAGUGUAAUGGAAAUGAACUACCAGCCAGUCAACCUCAGCCAGUUGCAGCACAAGCAAUAAUGGAAGCAGAUGACCUAAAUAUAGAAGAAUAUGACAGUGAAUAACAUAAAAAGCAAUUCCAAAGCUGUGAUAAUAUUUAAAUUAUAAUUUUACUUUUGUUUCAUAUUUUGUAUUCAAAUGUACAGGAAAGAUAGAAAUAACUUUUGUUAUUUCUGCAAGCUGUUAAUAUUUGUCAUGAAUAACAAUUUGGAGGAAAAUGAGUAUUUAUAUUUUUGAGCUUGUACUGAAAAGCUUCAGUUAAAACUCAAGUUUUCGCUUCUCAUCCAUACAGAAGAAUGAAAAUAAAUGAGAAGAAAUAUAUUUACUUUGAUAUUUUAUACCUGUAUUUAUCUUGUAGAUACUGAAGGCAUUGUCAAAUAUUUUGUUACUGUUUCACAAGUUUAGAUCUAACUUGCGAUGAUGAAACAUUGCACAAAAUGUUUAAUCUGGGCUGUGUAAUAUUUAAUAUGUAAAUAAGUCUCUGGAUGCCUUAUUAAUAAAUUGUAUCAUAGUUUCUGAAACAAAAAUGUUUACAUAUGUUUCGGACAAUUCUAUCUUGAAAAGUAUUAAAACUGAUCGAGGGGA